AUGAUGCGACUUCACAAACUGUACCAUCGCUUCACUCUUCUCCCCUUUUCUUCAUUAUCAAUCCCUUCCAAUCCCUCUCUUCUUCCUCUCUCUCCUCCGCCGCGCCUCACGCUCUGUCACAGAACUGCUGCGAACUUGGCUUCCAUGGCUUCCUCGGCUUCCUCGCGGUUGCGCAAUAUAGUGCCUCUAGCGGCUGCGCCUACUGAAGACGCCGCUGUCUCCUUUUCUUCCUCUGCCAACACCGGUACUUCCGGUGAUUACGAAGAUGAGUCAACUGUUGGAACAAAGUAUCGCGUUCCUCCACCUGAGAUUAGUAAAAUAGUUGAUGCUCCACCUGUACCUGCGUUGUCAUUUUCCCCACUCAGGGACAAGAUUAUCUUUCUCAAGCGAAGAGCUUUACCUCCACUGGCAGAAAUAGCAAGGCCGGAGGAAAAGUUGGCUGGUAUACGUAUUGAUGGAAAGUGCAAUACUAGGAGUCGCAUGUCAUUCUACACAGGUAUAGGGAUCCAUCAAAUUCUUCCUGAUGGCACAUUAGGGCCAGAGAUUGAGGUGCAUGGUUUCCCUGAUGGUGCUAAAAUAAAUUUUGUUUCAUGGUCUCCUGAUGCUUGCCAUUUGUCCUUUAGCAUUCGUGUGACCGAGGAGGAUAAUGAUAGCAGUAAACUCACAGUGUGGAUUGCAGAUGUGAAAACAGGGAAAGCCAGACCGUUGUUGCAAGUACCAAAUGUAUAUUUGAAUGCAGUUUUUGACAAUUAUGUUUGGGUAAACAACUCUUCUUUACUUGUUUGUACCAUUCCAUCAUCACGUCCUGCUCCGCCAAAGAAACCUUUGGUUCCUAUUGGCCCCAAAAUUCAAUCUAACGAGGAGAAAAAUAUUAUUCAAGUAAGAACAUUCCAGGAUUUGCUGAAGGAUCAAUAUGAUGAAGAUUUGUUUGACUAUUAUGCCACCUCACAGCUUGUUUUAGCUUCUUUGGAUGGUACUGCAAAAGAAAUUGGCACACCAGCUGUUUAUACCUCUAUGGACCCUUCCCCAGAUCACAAGUACAUUUUGAUUAGUUCAAUUCACAGGCCAUACUCUUUCAUUGUACCUUGUGGAAGAUUUCCAAAGAAGGUAGAGUUAUGGAGUGCUGAUGGAAAAUUCAUCAGAGAGCUUUGUGACUUGCCCCUUGCUGAGGACAUUCCAAUUGCAUUCAAUAGUGUGCGAAAAGGGAUGCGCUCCAUUAAUUGGAGAGCUGAUAAGCCGUCAACACUUUACUGGGUAGAAACGCAAGAUGGAGGUGAUGCAAAGGUUGAAAUUUCUCCUCGUGAUAUAGUUUAUACACAGCUUGCUGAACCACUAGAAGAUGAACAGCCCACAAUAUUCCACAAGCUUGAUUUCCGCUAUGGAGGGAUUUCUUGGUGUGAUGAUUCUCUGGCUCUGGUGUAUGAAUCUUGGUACAAAACUCGGAAAAUAAGAACAUGGGUAGUCUCUCCUGGAUCUGAAGAUGUAGCUCCAGACAUCCUAUUUGAUAGAUCCUCAGAGGAUGUGUACUCUGACCCUGGCUCUCCUAUGAUGCGGAGAACUGAAGCUGGGACAUACAUCAUUGCAAGGAUAAAGAAGGCCAAUGAUGAAGGAAGAUAUAUUAUACUGAAUGGAAUUGGUGCUACACCAGAAGGGAAUAUUCCAUUCCUUGAUCUGUUUGACAUAAAUACACGUAAAAAGGAACGAAUCUGGGAGAGUAGUAAAGAAAAGUAUUAUGAGACUGUUGUUGCUCUAAUGUCUGAUCAGGAAGAAGGGGAUUUGCAUUUGGAUAAGCUGAAGAUACUGACUUCUAAAGAGUCAAAAACUGAAAACACUCAAUAUUACUUUGUUAGCUGGCCGGAUAAGCAAACAGUUCAGGUUACAAAUUUCCCUCAUCCAUACCCUCAGCUUGCCUCAUUGCAGAAGGAGAUGAUCAGGUAUCAAAGAAAAGAUGGGGUUCAACUCACUGCUACAUUAUACCUGCCACCAGGCUACAAUCCAUCAACAGAUGGCCCUUUGCCAUGCUUGGUUUGGUCUUACCCGGGAGAAUUUAAGAGUAAAGAUGCUGCUGGACAAGUUCGUGGUUCUCCAAAUGAAUUUGCUGGGAUAGGUUCCACAUCAGCCCUUCUUUGGCUGGCUAGAAGGUUUGCAAUUCUAUCUGGGCCUACCAUUCCUAUUAUUGGUGAGGGUGAUGAAGAGGCAAAUGAUAGGUAUGUAGAACAAUUGGUUGCAAGUGCUGAGGCUGCUGUGGAGGAAGUUAUCCGUCGUGGGGUAGCUGAUCCAAAGAGAAUAGCUGUUGGUGGACAUUCCUAUGGUGCGUUCAUGACUGCUAACCUCCUGGCACACGCACCUCAUCUAUUCUGUUGUGGAAUUGCUCGUUCUGGUGCUUACAACAGAACACUUACACCUUUUGGUUUUCAGAAUGAAGACAGAACUCUUUGGGAGGCGACUAAUACAUAUGUAGAGAUGAGUCCUUUUAUAUCGGCUAAUAAAAUUAAGAAACCCAUAUUGCUUAUUCACGGGGAAGAGGACAAUAAUCCAGGAACAUUAACCAUGCAGUCAGACAGGUUUUUCAAUGCUCUGAAGGGUCACGGUGCUCUUUGUCGACUGGUGAUUCUGCCCCAUGAGAGUCAUGGUUACACUGCCAGAGAAAGCAUCAUGCAUGUACUUUGGGAAACAGAUAGAUGGUUGCAUAAACACUGCGUGUCCAACAGUUCUGAUGCAGGAGAAGACCAUGAAACUGGCACAGUUAAAGAACAUGUUAGCAAAGGAGUCACAAAUGCUGAAAGCAAAGUGGUUGCAACCAGCGGAGGUGGCAGCAGAGAGGUGUCUGAGCUUGAGUGCGAAGAAUUCAAUUCUGUGCCAAGGUCAUCCCUGUGGUAA